UAGUACUACUGCAUACAUACAGUACUACUACCAUGUAAUAAAAAAAACUCAUUUGGAGAGAACCGACCGCAGCAGAGGCAGAGCAGACGCGACGCGAGUCUCCUUCCCUGCCGGCCCGCCUCCGCAUUCCGGUUCCGGACUUCCGGUAACGCCGAGGGUUUCUGGUGCCUAGACGUUCUGAAUGGCAGAUCUAACCAACAUAGGCUGCUGUGGCUGCUUUAGCUUUUUAAGGAAGCCCAGUGUACCUGCACGACAGCCUCCAGAUGCUGAUGUCAUGUUAUCUCAAGAUUUGCUGGAAGAUCAAUCAGCUGAAGAUCCUGACGGAAGCUUCUAUACUGGAGAUGAUCCUGAUCUAAGCUUUUACAAUGGGAAUAAUCUUGAUACAAGCUUCCUCAAUGGAGACGACCCUGAUAAAAGCUUCUACGAUAGAGAUGAUAAUGACUACCUUGAUGAAAGUGACACUGGACCUCCAAUGAAGAGUUCUGAAGAUAUCAUACAAUCAAGAGCCCAAAAUGGCUUUGCAUGUAGAGAGGUCCCAGUUAAAGAGGCUAAUAAAGUAUUUCGCUCUGAGGAUGAAAAUUGUAAUAAGAUGGUCAAUCAAUAUGUUCAUUUGGGAAAGAUUGGUUCUGGGAGCUAUGGUAAAGUGGUUCUAUACAGAAACGUGAAAGAUGGGAAGCUAUAUGCAGUGAAGGUCUUGAAUAAGCCUUACAUGCUGAAAGUGCAUGUUGUACGGUCAGAAACUGCCAUGACAGAUGUUCUUCGGGAGGUAUCCAUAAUGAAAAUGCUAAAUCAUCCCAAUAUUGUAAAUCUUGUUGAAGUUAUUGAUGACCCAAACGUAGAUAAAUUCUACAUGGUUCUUGAGUAUGUUGAAGGAAAAAUUGUUUGUGAUAAUGGUUUAGAGGAAGCUACUGCAAGAAAUUAUGUGCGAGACAUAAUAUCAGGUCUUCAGUAUCUUCAUUCUCAUAAUGUUAUUCAUGGUGAUAUCAAACCAGACAAUCUCUUGGUUACAAGCUCAGGCAAUGUGAAGAUAGGAGACUUCAGUGUUAGCCAGGUUUUUGAGGAUGAGGAUGAUAUGCUUUGGAGAUCUCCCGGUACUCCUGUUUUCACUGCUCCAGAGUGUUGUCAAGGUUCAGCAUAUCAUGGUAGGACAUCUGAUACUUGGGCAGUCGGUGUAACUUUAUAUUGUAUGAUUUCUGGGCACUAUCCAUUUCUUGGAGAUACAUUGCCGGAAACUUAUGAUAAGAUAACCAAUGAUCCUGUGCAAAUACCUGAUGACAUGAACCCCCAGCUUGCUGAUUUGCUCCAAAGGCUUCUCUGCAAAGAUCCUGGGGAACGUAUCACCCUGCAGACUGCGGCAGAGCAUCCUUGGGUUGCUGGAGACAAGGGCCCAGUCCCUGAACACAUCUGCAGGUGUGGCUUUGGCCGCUGGAAGAGAAGUGAUACUGGGAACCAAGUGCAAUAACAGCACGUAAACGGGAUGAUCUAGUGUAGAUAACUGAUGAGAAGUAUGGCUAAGCAAAGCCAGUGAGAUGACUAACGAAGCAUUUCUCUAUUGUCUUACAUUUCCCUUUUAUAAUGAGCUGUUUGGUGAUCGAUUGAACAUAUUUCUUUAAUUUUUUAUACAUAAUAGACUAAUAAAGUUUUUUUAAAAAGUCA